AUGGCAGAGCUAAAAGUGCCUGGCAAAGCUAAAAACACCACUCUGAGAUAUUAUCAAAUUAUGGAUACGAAAUUAGGAACGAAAAUAUUAGAAGGGAUUAUUUAUGGCGGCGGCGGUAGCGGCGGGGCUGCUGGCGGGCUGAAAUUCACGGUGGCGGACACUUGCGAGAGGAUCAAAGAGGAAUUCAAUUUCAUCCAGCAGCAGUACCACUCACUGAAGCUCGAGUGCGAGAAGUUAGCUAGUGAGAAGACCGAGAUGCAGAGGCACUACGUUAUGUAUUAUGAGAUGUCGUAUGGCCUCAACGUUGAAAUGCACAAACAGACGGAAAUUGCGAAGAGGCUGAACGCGAUAAUCGGGCAAGUGCUUCCGUUCCUGGCGCAAGAGCAUGGCUUGCAGCAUCAGCAGCAGGUGGCCAAUGCCGUGGAGAGGGCGAAGCAAGUCACCAUGUCCGAACUGAAUGCUAUUAUCGGGCAGCAACAGCAGCAAGGUCUCCAACAAUUAUUGCAACAGAUCCAUGCGCAGCAACUGCCUCAUGGCGCGGUGGUCGGCGGUCUUCCGCCGGGCGGUCUGCUGGGCUUCGCAGGUGCGGCCGCGGCGGCCGCAGCCGCGGCCGCGGGUGUGCCGCCGCACUUGGCGCCGCCGCCGCAUCCCGCGGCCGCGGCUGCGGUCCAAGCACAGGCGCAAGCGCUGCUGAAACCCGCCGAUCUACAACAGCAUCGCGCGGCCGCGGAGACACCCGAGGACCGUAAGCCGAUCGCCCUACCGGACGAGAGGCUCGGCCAUCGCUCGGUCUCUCCACCUGAGAAAUUUCGCAGCCGCACACCCGACCUCGAGAGCGACCCCAAGAGGCGGAAGGAGGAGAAGCUAGGACAUGAGAGUGACGCUGAAAAGAGCGACCAGGAUCUGGUCGUCGAUGUGGCGAACGAGGAGGCGUCGUCGCCGCACGCGAACGGAGAGCACUCGGACCCACGUGAAAACGGCACCCUGGAGAAGCUGGGCGCACCGGGCCACGUUGGCGGACCGGUAUCCGGCGCGGGCUCGGCAUCCGUAAAGGACAGGCCGCCGUCGCGCAGCGGCAGCUCCUCCGCCCGUAGUACACCGUCUCUGAAAAGUAAAGAUGUCGACAAGCCGGGUACACCUGUGGCGGCGGCGAGGGGCUCGCGCAGUUGUACGCCAACUAUGGGCGGCAUCCCUGGGUCCUUGGCGCGGGUCUAUCAUCCGCCAUCGUCGCAGCAAACGCCACCGCAGGGUUAUCAGGGCUUGCCAUCCCGCGGCAAUGAGCCGCCGCAGUCGCCCUCGCCAUACAGCAACUUGCCAUACGCGCGGCCCUCCAUGAUCGGUUUCGACGGUCACAUGAGGAUACCCGCGAGUAACGGACUGAACAACAUCGCAGGUGGCAAACCGGCGUACUCCUACCAUAUGAACGGCGAGGGCCAACUGCAGCCUGUACCAUUCCCCACGGACGCUCUGGUAGGACCGGGUAUCCCGCGUCACGCACGUCAGAUUAACACCCUGACACACGGCGAGGUGGUUUGCGCCGUUACGAUCUCGAAUCCGACCAAGUACGUCUACACCGGCGGCAAGGGUUGCGUCAAGGUCUGGGAUAUCGGCCAAAGUGUCGGCAGCGCCAGUGUGAAACCAGUUUCUCAGCUGGACUGUUUGCAACGUGACAAUUACAUUAGGUCUGUGAAACUUCUGCCCGAUGGGAGGACCUUGAUAGUCGGUGGAGAGGCCAGCCAACUGAGCAUUUGGGACCUAGCUAGUCCCACGCCCAGAAUUAAGGCGGAAUUAACUUCGUCGGCACCUGCGUGUUACGCCCUGGCGAUCUCGCCAGACUCGAAAGUUUGCUUCAGCUGCUGCAGCGACGGCAAUAUCGCCGUGUGGGACUUACAGAAUCAGUCGUUGGUCAGGCAAUUCCAAGGUCACACGGACGGUGCGUCCUGCAUCGACAUCUCAGCUGAUGGAUCAAAACUGUGGACCGGCGGUCUCGACAAUACCGUGCGCUCCUGGGACCUUCGCGAGGGUAGGCAGCUACAGCAGCACGAUUUCACCUCGCAGAUAUUCUCCCUCGGUUACUGUCCUACCGGCGAGUGGCUGGCCGUCGGAAUGGAGAACUCGAACGUCGAGGUACUUCAUGCUACUAAGUCCGACAAGUACCAGUUGCAUCUGCACGAUUCCUGCGUACUCUCGCUGCGUUUUGCCUCCUGCGGCAAGUGGUUCGUCUCGACUGGCAAAGACAAUCUGCUAAAUGCGUGGCGUACGCCGUACGGUGCUUCAAUAUUUCAGUCUAAGGAGUCGUCGUCGGUGCUGAGCUGCGACAUUUCCGCGGACGACAAGUACAUUGUGACCGGAUCUGGCGACAAGAAGGCCACUGUAUACGAAGUGAUUUACUAAGCCUAAUAAAGAGACUUGCCUUUCCUCCUUUAAUAACAUUAAAAAAUCAUGGACUUUGUUAAUGUGUAUACCCUUUCGCGAGGAAGGAAAGUGCGAAGAGAUCCCGAAUGUAAGGAAACUCUUGGUGGCCUUAGAGCCAGUGUGACUGAUAAAUGUGUACAUAUUACGCAUACGCGAAAUUGUAUUGUAACGAAAUUACAAAUAGAAGAAUGAAAAAUCGAUGUGUGUGCGCGCGUGUUUAUGAAUGAACGGGAUGAGCGAUGUAUAUUAAUCUUGCACGUGCGCGUCCCGAUUUUGCAAGUGCGCGUCCCGAUUCUCCGCCGAUUAUGGGGUACAUACGCGUAAUAUCGGCGCGCGGACGGGACUUCUAUUUGUCACGUGUAUACAACGAGCGUACGCGUUGACGAUGGAACGACGUUCCAUCCAACCAGAGCGGUUCGCAUACGCACUAAAGUAAAC